GUCGCGCGAGACGCCCAGAUAGACACUUCGUUCCCCAAGAAGUUCCAAAAGUCUCGUAAAUUUUUUUUUCCACCGACAGAAAUUGAAAAACACUGUUGUAAUAAUUAAUUUCAGUCGGUGACUCCAGUGAAUUCACACUCUCGGUGUUGUUGAUAGUCGAUUGAGCCCUCGAAUAGGAAAAACUGAAGUGAUAAACACACGUGAGUGAUCCAAUUGGAGUUGUUUUUAUCGCCCGAAUGAUCAUGUGCUGUGGAUUUUUCGUGUGAUUAUCGGGGGAAUUCUAAUUGUUGGGCCAUUAAAGAAUGAUUUUCCGUGAUGCCGCGGGCCGGGAGAUGAGGCAAUGAUACUCGCCGGAGAUACGACCUUCCAGGGGGCGCAUUUGUGUACUUGAAAUUUGUGUUUUCUUUUUUUUGAGUUUAUUAUUUUCAGUGCAAGUGGUCUUAUGGUUUGAGUUUAUGAGUUUGGAGAUCAACGAUUAUUCAGUGGAUGGUUAAUUUUGUUUGAGUUUUUUUCGAGGAUGACUCGGUAAUUAUGGAUGCGAGAGUCUCGAAGGAUACUGCUGUAUUUUGGAUUUUUUGUUCGUGAGCAGAAUCUCCGGUUGAUCUAGUGGGAAUCGCCGUCUUGCUGAUUUCAAGGAGAGAUACAGAAUGGAGGGUUACUGUGGAGAUAAGAGCAUUGUGAGGAGGAGAGGUUACGGAGGUAAAUUCGGAGUGGGGAUCGUGAGGAAAACCACCAGCGCUGCCAGAACGAUACCGAGUAACGACAGGAUACAGCGCCAGAGUACUUGCAGAAUAAACAUGAAGAAUCCAACGAGCGGAUUAAAAUGGAGCAUCCUCCUUCUAACGACAGUAUGCCUCAUCACAACAGCCCAAUCCGGCUUCUGCCCAACAGACUGCACCUGCGACGACGACACCCUAGUUGUAUCUUGCAUAGGAGUUAGCUUAGACGUAAUCCCAAUUGCCCUUAAUCCAUCAACCCAACGGAUAGUCUUGAAGGAGAGUAGAAUACGUAUGGUUGAUGCAGCUGCAUUUCAAUUCUACGGUGACUUGAAAAUUGUUGAUCUUUCGAGUAAUCAUCUUGUAACAAUACCAGAUGCUAGUUUUGCUGCGCAAAAGAAUCUCGUUGAACUUCACCUGAGGCACAACAAGAUAUCGGCAUUAACAGAAAAGACAUUUCAGGGAUUAGUAUCGCUAACAGUGUUAAAUCUCCGUGACAACUACUUGGAGACCCUGUCAAAUGGUCUAUUUACUUCUCUAACAAAACUAGAGGAACUAGAUCUGGGUCAGAAUAGAAUAGGCAAGGUUGAGCCUGGUGCAUUUCAAAAGCUUGGCUCACUGAGAGUACUCUAUCUUGAUGACAAUCAGCUCAAGUCCAUUCCAUCACCGGCAUUAGCACCCUUAAAUGCACUUGCUGAACUACAUAUUGGAUUGAAUGUAUUCUCAUCCUUACCGGAUGAUGGUUUCAAGGGUUUAGAGAGACUUGCUGUACUCGAUGUCAUGGACGCUGGCCUGGAUAAUAUCAGUGAGGGUGCAUUCCGUGGAUUAACGUCAUUACGUACACUCAAACUUGGUGGUAAUAAGUUGAGAGAAGUGCCAACAAAACAAUUGUCGAUAUUAACGAGACUCGAGGAGUUGACACUGGGACAGAAUUCAUUUACGAUGCUGAGGUCUGGGGCAUUUCAGGGUCUCUCAAAUCUGAAAAAACUCGAUAUAUCGGGGGCUAAAUUACUGACAACCCUAGAACGGGGGACAUUCUCGGAUAAUGGUAAUUUGGAGACACUGAUACUCAAGAGCAAUCGAAGACUGACGACCCUCGAGGAGGGUGCACUGGCGGGACUUCCUAAUUUGAGACACUUGAUCCUUCGGGACAAUGCGUUUGUCACAUUCCCGGAGAGUCUUGUUUCAUGGAGUGAGUUGCACAAGUUUGACAUCAGUGAGAAUCCACUGAUAUGUGACUGUAGUUUGCACUGGUUGGCUUCGUUCCUGGCGCCCAAGAAUACGAGCGCGGUUGUGUGCGCUGAACCGUUGGAGGUCAGGCUGAAGCCGUUGAAGGGAAUGACAUCUGAUGAAUUGGGCUGUGCCUUCUCAGACCCCAGGAAGCAGGCGGUACUGCUGACUGUCAUUGUCGUGUGUCUUGGCAUCAUCGCUGGUAUGGCACUGGUACUCUACUACAGAUGCAGGAAGAGGGUCAGAGAUGCCCUCAAGGACUACAAGUGGAAGAAUCGUGCCAUCUCCAGGAAGGAGCACGAGUAUCAGAAGACAUUCUCAGAUGAUGAGUAUAUUGUCAGAGCGGCUCAUGGACAUCAUCAUCAUAUUAACAAUCAGGGACAACUUCAUCAUGGACAAUUUCCACAGCAACAUCAACAGAGUGAAAUUAUCGAUGGAAGUAAUACAAUUGGUAAUGGUGGGGUUAGGGUACAUCAUACUAGCCAUUCGUUGAGGAGAAAUCCACCUGCACUGCCGGCGCGCGGUGAUUUGGAUAGAAUACAAAAUGGUGGUCCCAGUGGGAGAAUUCAAAAUGGCGGACAGAGGCACUCACCACCCUGUCCACAGAGUUCAUAUCCAACGUUGCCCAUUAAUGGACAUGGACAUCAUUAUCAUCAUUAUAGGGAGAGAUCGAGAGAGAGGGGGAGGGAGAGGGAGAGGGAACUUCCGAUUGUGCCACACAGGGGGGAAAAACAAUACAAUGGGAAUAUGGAGCUUGAGGUACAUCAAGAUGGCGGCAUUGGAACUUAUCGGGCGUAAAAGUGUGGGAAUUUUGCGUUG